AUGAACUCCACAGCCACCACUACAACUACAACUACAUCUACCGGAUGGGUUCUGCAUAUCCUAGCAGAACGAUCUGUGAUUUUAUUCGCGAUUCCACUUUGUAUUUUACUUGUAUACUACACCAAGACCAAGAAGGGCAAACUGAUACCUCGCACAUCUAGGCCAGUGGGUAAGACCACGCCUUCCAAGAUGGACCAACGUCCAUUUGGGUACUGGGAGCCAAAUACUUCAUUCAAAACACCCAAUCCUCCACCAUUCCCCAAUUGGUCGCUUACUGGGACCAAACCAAUACCUUACCGUGCUUUCAAACACAAGUAUACUAUCACCAUGGGUAUAAGAAACAUGGAUUGGCAUUCGUGGAUUGAGUUGGAUAACCAAUGGAAGUAUUAUCAUGAUUUAAAGUUGAAACGUCUUGCAACAAAAGGCGACGAUUUGUACAACACCAGCCCAAAGGCAGUAGCUGCAUCAUGGGAGUUUCUUGAAGAGUUGUUGGAUUAUUUGCCUGUGAGGUAUCCUUCAUUAUUCCACUAUGACAAGGAAAAGCGUGUGAUUAAGAUUUUGGCAACCGAAGAAGUAUAUGAUUUGAAUGAUAAGGAGUGCAAUCCUAUAGUGACUGCUGCCAAAUUGAUUCAAGAUGAUAUUGCAAUUAUGGUUGAAAAUGAAGAUGAUGGACAAUACUCGUUAGAGCUGGGAUGCAUCACUUUGGCAGGAUUUUGGAAGAUCAAAGACAAAUUUCAAAUGAAAUUGGAUCAAAUACACACUUCGGGUGAUGUUCCCAAGUACAAGACACAUUUGGGACCAGCAAUGAAUAAAUUUUUCCGUCGUUUAACUGUUGAGUCACCCGUGGUGCGUAAUAAUUAUUUCAUUCAAACUGACAAUCAUUUGGAUUGGUCUUCAUCGAUUGGAUCAGAAGAAGAUGCCAAUGUAGGAUGGAAUACUGCGCCUGAUGCAACUGAUGUCAAUAACUUGUUUUUCCGAAGUGAACGCCAAAGUUUGAGACGAUUGCCCAGGACUGGAGCGGUUGCAUUCACUGUGCGUACUUAUUUCAUUCCCAUGGUUGAGUUGUGCAAGGAGCCAUAUGUGCCAAGAAGAUUGUUGAAUGGAAUUACGAGCUGGGAUGAAGAUGUCAAUGAGUAUAGAGGUUUUUACAAAUUUAAGGAUGUGUUGUUGCCAUAUUUGGAAGAAAGAGCUAAGGAGCAAGAGGCUAGUGGGUUGGAUCAAUUGGCCGAGCCACAAGUGUAUCCAUAUUGA